AUGAAGCGCCUUCUUCUCCUUUCCCUCUUCUCCCUCCUCUCCCCAUCCCUAGCCAGAACAUGCUACUAUCCCGACGGCAGCGUCUCCGAAGAUGUUGCCUGUACAAGUGAACCGGACAGCGCCUGCUGUGGCACCAGCGCCAUCUGCCUGUCGAACAAUCUAUGCAUGGAUCUCACGCAGCCAUUUGUCAUCUCGCGGGGGAGCUGUACCGACCAGAGCUGGACUUCAUCGAAUUGUCCCUCCCCAUGCACUACCGAAGAGGACACGGAUAAUCUCGACGGAGGCUGCGCUAUCAUCCUAAUCAACUACACAGACGACGUGGCGACGUACUGCUGCAAUGCAGUCGCGGCGAAUUCCUCAUCGGGCGGUCUCGAGUGUGAAAAUGGUCAGGCUGCAUUCACUCUUGACGAUGCCACUGUUGUUGCGGGAGUCGCCUUGCUGGCCAAUUAUACUUCUACCUCUUCUACUUCUACUUCUACAGCAUCAUCUACAUCGUCUACAUCGACAGCAUCGUCUACAGCAUCGUCUACAGCAUCGUCUACAUCGACAGCAUCGUCUACAUCUACAUCGUGUACUGCUCACUCUCACGCCAUCGAAGCCGGCGUGGGCGCGUCUCUCGGCGCCGUGGCUGUUGCAGCCAUCGCGUGGGCGCUCUGGGAACGAAGCAGGAAGAGAACACGCACGACUGCGCCCGUGAAUACCCUCAAUGAAAUGUACUCUGGUGGACAGGCACGCACGCUCAGUGAGAUGGAUGGGAGGGGGAAAGGGCCUGUGAUGGAGUUGGACGGGAAUAAUUGA